AUGUCCGGCGUGGAUUCUGAUCAUCCACAGCACUUACCAACGGACAUGAUCAUCGUUCAGAUUCUUCAACAGCUUCAGCAGCAGUCGCUCGUGACUAAUCAGCUCCUGCAAAACCAGCAGCAAACCCACGAACAGCAACGUGUGUUCCUCCAGCAGCAGGAUAAUAUGCUACGUAACAUACAGGUGAAUGUACCCGCGAACCCUGAAGCAGUCCUCGACUCGCUAGCAGGAAAUAUUAAAGAGUUCCGAUAUGACGUCGAAAACAACAUAACCUUCAGAGCAUGGUUUUCACGUUAUAAAGAUUUAUUCUCGAAAGACGCAGAGAGGUUAGAUGAACCUGCAAGAGUGAGGUUAUUAAUGCGAAAGCUUGGAAUUUCGGAACAUGAGCGCUAUCACAACUUUAUUUUGCCGAAAACUGCUAGUGAUUUUACUUUCGAUGAAACAAUCAGCAAGCUCGGAAAUUUAUUUGGUACAACGGAAUCUACCGUCAGUAAGCGCUAUCGUUGUCUACAGCUUGUAAAAGGUCCCACCGAGGAUUACGUAUCGUAUGGUUGCCGGAUCAAUAAAAGCUGCGUAGAAUUCGAGUUAGGCAAAAUGACGGAAGAGCAGUUUAAAUGUUUAGUCUUUGUUUGCGGUUUGAAAGACGAGGCCGACAGCGAAAUCCGUACAAGGUUGCUCACUCGAAUCGAAGAAAGGACCGACGUCACGCUAGAACAGUUAUCAGCUGAAUGUCAACGACUUCUAACUCUUCGGCAUGAUACUGCCAUGAUCGAAAAUACUGGAAGCUCGAUCAAUGCCAUACGGAAAAAGCACCAGUUUCAGCAACAAUCUCAGGAAAUUCCACGGAAAAAUCAGGAACAAUUAUUUCGUUAUUCUCAUCAGCAGCGAUUUCCGAAGCAACGCGAUGAAAAGCGAGCAUCAUUCUACGCAGGUAACAAAGUACCACCAAGCCCUUGUUGGAAGUGCGGUGCUAUGCAUUAUACUCGCUAUUGUCAAUACCAAACUCAUCAAUGUUCGGAUUGCAAUCGCUACGGACAUAAAGAAGGCUAUUGUCGCACAGCGAAGCCGUCUUCGAAGAAAGAAAGGAGGAAAACAAACAGUGUGGAUACCAAAAUAGUAAAAGUGAACUCAAUAAACGAACGCAGAAAAUUUGUGACAGUUGAACUUAAUGGUGUAUCAGUGAAAUUACAGUUCGACACCGCAUCAGACAUUAGUGUUGUGUCACUUGAGACCUGGAACAGGCUCGGAAAACCAUUAACAAGACACCCAACGGUGUGUGCUAAAGCAGCAUCAGGUGAUCCUCUUAAACUACUGUCAGAGUUUGAUUGCAUGAUCACAGUGAACGGUUUGACCAAAUAG